GUUAUCCAGCAUGGUCUCUCCUCUCUUACCCAGAGUCCAGCAACGUUCGUCCCACUUAUCGAGUAUUGACUACUCGAGAUGCUCUCCCCGCGCCAUGCCCAUGAUAUUCCAGAUAGUGGCCCGGGUGUCGAACACCACUGGGGUUACUACAAUCGCCAACUCCCCUGCACCAGUGAUGAGGGAAAGUGUGGAUAUCUAGAUACGGUCUAUCAUAGUCACGAUCUAUCAAUCCUCUAUAGCGCUAUCCUCUGGGCCGUGAUUCUCGGGAUUGUGUUCUUUUGCUUCAUCGGCCAUUACUGUAACCCCAUCUCGCGGAAGUCUACGUCCUCAUGCGUUCAGAAAGAGGGUGAAAGUGAACAUAGGUCACAGAGCGCUCUAUAUCGCCUCAAACGGGCACUGGGCUCGGCCUACCACCGCUUUUUCAUCCAGGAAUCUCUCACUCCAAUAUUCGGCCGCACCACUCGGUUCAACAUCCUCGUCCUCCUUAUUCUUACCGGCUACCUUAUGAUCUUCUCCUUUGUCGGAAUUGUCUACAAAACAUGGUACAGUCCUGUCAAGGGAACGAACUUGCGCUCGACCCGCAUAGGUCUUGGCCCUUGGGCAGAUCGCAUUGGGGUUCUAGCAUACGCCUUGACGCCCCUUGCCGUACUCCUAUGCACCAGAGAAUCCCUCCUCUCCAUCUGCACCGGAAUACCAUACCAUCACUUCAACUUCCUUCACCGAUGGCUCGGCUACAUCAUCUACGUUCAAUCUGCUCUUCACACACUCGGUUGGACGAUCAUCGAAGGAAAGAUGUACCAGCCGCAGCCUGAGACCUGGAACACCUUUAUCGCCCAGGAGUAUAUUAUUUGGGGCAUCGUGGCUAUGAUAUUCCUGUCUUUUCUGGUCUUCUUCAGCACAAAAUGGGCCAUUCAGUACACGGGAUACGAAUUCUUCCGCAAGGCGCAUUACGUCGUGGCCAUGUUAUAUGUGGGUGCUUGCUGGGGACACUGGGCGCAGCUUUCAUGCUGGAUGAUCGCUUCGUUAGUUGUGUGGUUCCUCGAUCGGGCCAUUCGGCUCCUGCGGACUUUCCUUGCGCAUUUCGGGCCUCAUUCUUCUGAGACUUUCUCAUUUUGGGGUCUGCACAUACCCAAAGCUCGCAUGACCUCUUUCCCCAAUGACGAGGACGGAGACGUCGUCCGUUUAGAUUUCGACCAUGACCAUGGUGCUUGGGAAAUCGGCCAGCAUUUCUACCUAUGUUUCCCUGGUCUUAGUAUCUGGCAAUCACACCCCAUGACACCAUCCUCUAUUCCUGGGGGCACCAAGCAGUCCCACACGUAUAUCAUUCGCGCUAAGAAGGGAUUAACCAAGGGCCUAGCCCGGAUUGCCCGCCAGUCCGAAGAAUCGUUUAGCGAACCGCCAAGCACAUCUAUCGUCCUUUCCGGGCCAUACGGCCAAUCCAUCGUCGAUAACGACUUGCAUUGCUCAGACGAUAUCAAUCUCUUCUGCGUCGCAGGCGGCACAGGAGUAACCUUCGUCCUUCCUAUCUUACAGGCCAUCGUCCUCAAUAGAUUCUUCCCAACGCGAAGAAGCCUAGUAGAACUCGUCUGGAUCGUUCGCAGAAAAUCCGACAUGCGGUGGCUCAGCGCAGAGCUAGAAGCACUACGCAACGCUGCCCAUACCUGCACUCAUUUCCGGGUGCGGGUAUACGUCACGCGCGAAGAUGACAGGGCGAAUAUCCGAAAUUCCUUCACGCCUACAUACAUCACCAAUUCCGAAAUUAAGAGGCCUCUCUCGACCAUAUCUCACGAAACACAUAGGUUAGACGACCCGUUUGCUGUGCACUGUUUGCGCCCCGGUAAUUCUGGGACUUCGGUCCACCCUGAUAUCCCGACGGACCUGGCUGAUUUUGUCCAACGGACUGUUCAGGGGCCUACUCGUGUUAUUGCGAGUGGGCCGGCGGGGUUGAUCACUUCGCUUCGGAACACUGUGGUGUCGCUCAACGACCCGGCUCGGGUGUGGAAGGGUCACGAGCGAUAUGAUGUGGAACUAGUUCAUGAUGAUCGGUUGGAGUAUUGA